GCCACAGCGGCAGCGGGAGCGGCGCGGCGAGGAGCCGCGGCUCGCAGCCCUCCGGCCGGCGCCCCCACCCAGCGCCGGCCAGGGCAGGCGGAGUGCCCGCGGGCGGCGGUCCUCGGCCUCCCGGGUCUGCGCUCCGGGAAGCUGCUCCGAGCCGGGGUGUUGUUGCUAAUGAGCUCUCUCUCCUCCCCUCUUACAAUGAAAGACAAGCCAGCCCCGGGGUACCUGGAUGGAUUGAGAGCCGAAGUGUCAGAAACUUCAUAAUAAGUUGCCGAUGGCUACCAGCCAAGGCUGGAGGGUUGUUUUGCAGUUGUGUUGAGCACAUCACACAUUCAGGGCCCUUUAAAGACCUGGAUUGAUUGGAAGGACAAAAAUUAAAAGCAAUCUGAUCCGGCCUCAUGCCAGAUCCCUGAGGAUUUGCUCCCUAUCCCAUUUCCAUCCACUGUCACAAUUUGAGAGCCUGCCUGAUUUGAUCAGAUUCACCUCUGGGAGAGGUGCAAUGCCAAGGUUAGGAGGACAUGAAGUUAUGGGCAACUUUUUGAUCUGCCCAUCAGCAGUCUGAGAAACGCUGGCUCUGAGUUUUCCAAGUCAGCCUUUGGGAAGAAACAAGUUCCUCGCUCUUUGCAACCCGGCCGUGUUCGAGUCCCUGGGACAUCCAGCCACUGUUGCCUGGUAGAUGUGGCACUUUCCAUGCUGAGGCCGAGAGUCCCGCCUGACCCCGUUGCUGCCUCUCCAGGGCCUCUCCGGGCCACGCCCCUGCGGACUGCGCAGCCAUGCUGCACCUGCUUGCACUUUUCCUGCACUGCCUCCCACUGGCCUCUGGGGACUACGACAUCUGCAAAUCCUGGGUGACCACGGAUGAGGGCCCCACCUGGGAGUUCUACGCCUGCCAGCCCAAGGUGAUGCGGCUGAAGGACUACGUCAAGGUGAAGGUGGAGCCCUCAGGCAUCACGUGCGGAGACCCCCCUGAGAGAUUCUGCUCCCAUGAGAACCCCUACCUGUGCAGCAACGAGUGUGACGCCUCCAACCCGGACCUGGCCCACCCGCCCCGGCUCAUGUUCGACAAGGAGGAUGAGGGCCUGGCCACGUACUGGCAGAGCGUCACGUGGAGCCGCUACCCGAGCCCGCUGGAAGCCAACAUCACCCUUUCGUGGAACAAGAGCGUGGAGCUGACGGACGACGUGGUGGUGACCUUCGAGUACGGCCGGCCCACGGUCAUGGUCCUGGAGAAGUCCCUGGACAACGGGCGCACGUGGCAGCCCUACCAGUUCUACGCGGAGGACUGCAUGGAGGCCUUCGGCAUGGUGGCGCGCCGCGCCCGCGACCUGUCGUCCUCGGGCGCCCACCGCGUGCUGUGCACCGAGGAGUACUCGCGCUGGGCGGGCUCCAAGAAGGAGAAGCACGUGCGCUUCGAGGUGCGGGACCGCCUGGCCAUCUUCGCUGGCCCCGACCUGCGCAACAUGGGCAACCUCUACACGCGGCUGGAGAGCGCCAAGGGCCUUAAGGAGUUCUUCACUCUCACGGACCUGCGCAUGCGGCUGCUGCGCCCUGCGCUGGGGGGCACCUACGUGCAGCGGGAGAACCUCUACAAGUACUUCUAUGCCAUCUCCAACAUCGAGGUCAUUGGCAGGUGCAAGUGCAACCUGCACGCUAACUUGUGCUCCGUGAGGGAGGGCAGUCUGCAGUGUGAGUGUGAGCACAACACCACGGGCCCCGACUGCGGCAAGUGCAAGAGGAACUUCCGCACCCGGUCCUGGCGCGCCGGCUCCUACCUGCCGCUGCCCCACGGCUCUCCCAAUGCGUGUGCUGCUGCAGGCUCUGCUGUUGGCAGUGUCGGCAGGCCCCGGAAAGACCCCGUCCCCAAGGCCCCUUUGGCCACUGUGGCCAUGAGAGGGGUCCCCAGCACUCCUGCCCCCUCCACUUCCACUGGGCGGGCCCCCAUGGCCCCCAGCACCCCACAGCCCAAAGAGUGGAUCAGGUCAUCUACCGCUGCCCCCCUUGGGGAGAGCUCCCCCUGGCCCCAGACGCCCUCCAGUGCAGAAGCUGUGGGCACCUCCGCCACUGCCCUUGCCCCUGCCCCGGCCUCCAAACCUUUCCAGCUCAAGCCCAAAUCGGCUCAAGUGGUGCCCAUUGAAGAGUUCCAAGACUGUGAGUGCUAUGGCCACUCCAACCGCUGCAGCUACAUCGACUUCCUAAACGUGGUGACCUGCGUCAGCUGCAAGCACAACACGCGAGGCCAGCACUGCCAGCACUGCCGUCUGGGCUACUACCGCAACGGCUCCGCCGAGCUGGACGACGAGAACGUGUGCAUAGAGUGUAACUGCAACCAGAUCGGCUCCGUGCACGACCGGUGCAACGAGACCGGCUUCUGCGAGUGCCGCGAGGGCGCAGCGGGACCCAAGUGCGACGACUGCCUCCCCACGCACUAUUGGCGCCAGGGCUGCUACCCCAACGUGUGCGACGACGAUCAGCUGCUCUGCCAGAACGGCGGCACCUGCGUGCAGAACCAGCGCUGCGCCUGCCCGAGCGGCUACACAGGCGUGCGCUGCGAGCAGCCCCGCUGUGACCCCGCCGCUGAGGACGGCGGCCUGGACUGCGACCGCGCGCCCGGGGCCGCCCCGCGCCCCGCCACCCUGCUCGGCUGCCUGCUGCUGCUGGGGCUGGCCGCCCGCCUGGGCUGCUGAGCGCGGCCCGGAGGACCCUGCGCCCGGGGGCCCGGGGGGCUCGGGGGUUCGGGGGUUCGGGGGCCGGCGUCCGAGGCCGGGCGGCGAGAAGGGUGCGGCCCGAGCUGCUCCCAGGUGCUACUCAGCAGAGUCCUCCCGCCUCCUCCCGCCGCGGUC